CAAACUCUUGGAGAAAAACCUUCGCCUUUGAAGAAAAAACUCAGAGAGUAGAAAGUAGAGAGUUGAAUUUGGUUUCUCCAUUAUCGAUGGGAUUUGUUGAAGAAGCCAGACAAAAUCAUGUCAAGAAGAAAGUAGAAGAAGCUUUACGUAGCAAAAUGAAGGCGAAGGCACUUAAAGAAUGUGAUCGUUACACUAAAAAGUAUGCUGAAUGCUCUUUAGGAAGAACGAUAUCUGUUGUUUGGCAGUGUCGCAAACAGGCGAAAGAGUUGAAUGGUUGCCUGCAUCAGUACACCAAUGACUCUGUAUUGGAAGAGAUGAAGAAAGAAUACACGCUUCAACAAGAAGGCAAAGGCUUGUGAAAAUUAAGCAUGUCCUCAAGAUACUCAAUGUUCUUUGUUUCUGCAAAUAUGAUGAGCAUUUUACUUGCAUAACAAAGACCAGAUGAUGUCGAAGAGGGGAUUCCUUUUAGUCGCUUCCUAAAUUGCAUU